AUGGAUUUCACCCAAGAGGACCUGCAAGAGCUCAAGUAUAGGUUCGAAGAUGCUGCAAUCAAAUGCUCGGAGAGGUGCUUGUACCAAUCAUCCAAAUGGGCAGCGGAGAUGCUUGAUUCUCUCUUACCAAUCGACCACGAGGAUACCGAUGCUGAAUCCCCGAUGGAUAUAGCAGAGCCUGCGAUUCCGUCUAUCAAUCCAUAUUUGCACCCCCAGGACCCUGUCGAGGCUGCGCUGGAGGCUCAAGAAGCCCACAAAUAUCUCCUCGCCAAGUCGUACUUUGAUACCCGGGAAUAUGAUCGCUGUGCGGCCGUCUUCUUGCCCCCGACAACGCCGCCCAUUCCUCUAUCGUUGGCAUCACCAAACUCCAAGCCAAAGCAGCCCCGGACAACCCCACUGAAGGGCAAAGACAAAGCCUCCCCAUUCCAAGGAUCCAAAGCCCACGGGAAUGCCCUCAGAAACCCGUAUCCGAAGUUAAGCCAAAAGUCACUAUUCCUCGCCUUGUAUGCCAAAUACCUGGCCGGCGAAAAACGCAAAGACGAAGAAAUUGAGAUGGUGCUUGGGCCAGCAGAUGGUGGGAUGGCUGUCAACCGAGAGUUGCCAGAUCUUGCCCGUGGGUUGGAUGGCUGGCUGGCUGAGCGCACUGCUAAGGGACUAGAUGAUCAAGGUCAAGGAUGGUUGGAGUACCUUUAUGCUGUUGUUUUGCUUAAGGGACGAAAUGAGGACCUGGCCAAGACUUGGCUCCUUCGGAGUGUCCACCAAAACCCCUUCCACUGGGGCGCAUGGCAGGAAUUAAAUGACCUUCUUGGUAGCAUUGAGGACUUGAAACAAAUCAAGGACCUCCUUCCGGAAAAUAUCAUGACCCUCAUAUUCUAUGUCUACUGCAGCCAGGAACUAUACCAAGCAACUGACGACACCUAUUCAACUCUCAAUGACCUGCAAGCUAUCUUCCCGACCAGUGCAUUCCUACAAACUCAAAACGCGCUACUUUUCUACCAUAACAAAGAUUUUGAACGAGCGUCUAACAUUUUUAAUGAGAUCCUCGCAACAUCACCUCACCGCCUGGAUAGCCUCGACCAUUAUUCUAACAUUCUAUACGUCAUGAAUGAGCGACCUCGGUUGGCCUUUGUUGCGCAGAUUGCAACUGCCACAGAUAAAUUCCGUCCGGAGACAUGCUGUGUCGUGGGCAACUACUACUCUCUAAAAUCCGAACACGAAAAGGCCGUGAUGUACUUCCGUCGUGCUCUGACACUCGACCGGAAUUUCCUAUCGGCAUGGACCCUCAUGGGCCAUGAAUACAUCGAGAUGAAGAAUACUCACACCGCUAUUGAAUCCUAUCGCCGCGCCGUCGAUGUCAAUCGCAAGGACUAUCGUGCCUGGUAUGGUCUCGGUCAAGCCUAUGAAGUUUUAGACAUGUCCUUCUACGCCCUUUUCUAUUAUCAGCGUGCGGCAGCUCUACGUCCCUAUGAUCCAAAGAUGUGGCAAGCCGUCGGAUCAUGUUAUGCGAAGAUGGGCCGUGUUGAGCAGAGUAUCCAGGCCCUGAAGCGUGCUCUGGUUGCAGGCUCAUAUUAUGCUGAUGAUGCUCCCGGAGCGGGUGCGCGGAAAAUGCUCGACCCGGAGACCCUGCACCAAAUUGCAACCCUCUACGAACGUCUCGGUGACGAGGAGGAGGCAGCUGCGUACAUGGAAUUGACUCUUCAGCAAGAAUCGGGCGGAGCCCCUGUUGAUAAUGAACAGGAUUCCGAUGAGGACGACGAGUACUCAUCCGCUUCCGAACAUGCUACGCACAGUGAUGCCGAGCACUCUGGAGAUGGUCGCUCGGACGAUGGUCACAUUCGCUCUCGUCAGCGCCGCCGCAAGCCUCAUGCUAGAACAUCGUCCUUCGGUGUUCAGAAUGACGAGUCGAGUGCUGGUGAGACAUGGCACCACCCGACAGCAACUACAUCCAAAGCCCGCCUUUGGUUGGCACAAUAUGCGCUACGGAAUGGUGAUCUGGAUCGGGCAGAUCAGUUGGCAAGUGAAUUGUGUCAGGAUGGAAUGGAGGUGGAGGAGGCGAAGGCUCUGAUGCGAGAUGUUCGUGCUAGGAGAGAAAAUGCGAACUAG